AUCAUGUGAUAUUUCUAUCCGGAGCCGGAGUGCAUGAACAAACCUACUUCCUCAUUCCCCGCCUAGUCGCCACCCUCGUUCUCCGCCUGUCCAGCCAGCCACGAUGCUCCGGUGCUUGUUGCUGCUGUGUGUGAGCGGCGCUCUGGGGCAACCCUCCCGAGAUGAAGUCUUCUCCUUGCCCGGGCUGAGCGCCGGGAUCAACUUCAGGCAGUGGUCAGGGUAUCUGGACGCAGGUCCUGGCAUACAUCUGCAUUACUGGUUUGUGACGUCUCAGCGAGACCCAACUACAGACCCUCUGGUCCUGUGGCUGAAUGGUGGACCCGGGUGCAGCUCCUUGGAUGGAUUCCUCGCUGAAAAUGGACCCUUUCAUGUGAACGAUGAUGGCAACACACUCUACAUUAACAAGUACAGCUGGAACAAGAUAGCCAACAUGUUGUACCUGGAGUCCCCGGCUGGGGUUGGCUUCUCCUACUCCGACAGUGGAAACUACACCACUAAUGAUAAAAAGGUCGCAGAGAGCAAUUACCUGGCCCUGCAGGAUUUCUUCAGGAAGUUCCCGAACUUCACAAAAAAUGAUUUCUACAUAUUCGGUGAAAGCUAUGGUGGGAUUUACACUCCGACCCUAAGCCUCAAGAUUGCAGAGGGCACAGCGAAAAUUAACUUCAAGGGGUUUGCGGUUGGGAAUGGUCUGAGCAGCUUGUAUUACAACGAUCAGUCACUCGUUUACUUUGCAUAUUACCACGGACUCCUCGGAGAUGUACUCUGGGCCAACCUGAAUCGGUUUUGCUGCAUAGAUGGAUCCUGCAACUUCCACAACAACACUAAGAGCGACUGUAUAGAUUCACUCCGUGCAGUUAAUUUAAUAGUCUUCGAGAGUGGACUCAAUCUGUACUCACUGUACAUGGACUGUGCUGGGGGAUUGGAGAGAUACCAUGCACGCUUUCAAAAAGACAUGAAGAAUCUCUUCCAGUUUUACCAAUUUGAUACAGUUAAGACCGCAGUAGCAGCCCAUGAAUUUAAACCUCCAUGCCUCAAUGAUACAACUCUAUGGCUCUGGCUAAAUCGUGCUGACGUGCGAAUGGCCCUGCACAUCCCAGGAAAUGUCCAGAGCUGGGACCUCUGCAGUGACAAGGUUUCUAAACACUAUUACCGCAUCUACUCCACCAUGCACGACUUCUACCUGGCGCUUCUCAGUAAGGGUCUACGUGCCCUCGUCUAUAAUGGGGACACAGACAUGGCCUGCAACUUUCUGGGAGACCAUUGGUUUGUGAUGUCACUGAAUCAGAAGAAAACGGCCGACUACAAACCAUGGAUUUGUAAUAACCAGAUUGCUGGGUUCCACGAGCAGUAUGGAAACCUCACUUUCCUGACUAUCAAGGGAGCAGGACACAUGGUACCACAAUGGGCUCCUGUACGAGCCUUGAAGAUGUUUGAGAGCUUCCUCUCCAACUCUCCAUACUGACACAGCACCAGCCUUGCCUUCCCAGCUCGCUGGCUAUCCGAUUGCCUUAUGAUUGGCCACUUUUCUUGCUUCUCUCACACAAACAGAGCUUUUUAAAUCACAGUACAUCAAUUAAAUCAAUGGCACCUAGCUAAGCCAAGUCCUAGCAGCGAUAGUCGGGUCCAAACAGAGACUACAUCAGGCUGAUAUGCACAAAGUAUCAUUACCAGUCAUUUGAAGAACCUCUACAUAUUGAAAGAAGUGGAAAGGCCCUUAAAUUCCCACAGCCCAAUUUGGCGACUCAGCCCAGUUUGGUGGUGUUGCUUUAUCAUUUAGGAAAAUUACUUGUUUGGAAUUUGCCUAUUUUUCUAAUCAGAGGAAAAAAUACAAGUCAAAUCAAUUUCUUGAGGGAACUUCUUCAUGAAUGAUUGAAUACAAUGUUAUGUUAAUGAUUUUCUAAACCCCAAAGGUCAGAGACUAUUGAACACAUUCAACAACUUCACCUCUGCUGGGAAGGGGCAGGAACCCCACUCCCGCAAUGCAUUUUUCCAGAGAGCUACUCUUAGUUUGUGGAAAGGGUUAUGUAGAUAACACUCAUGGUAAAUGUUAGAUGGAACACAAUACCAAAUCUCUGCUUCCUCAUUCUAAAUCUUAUAAUUAUACCGAGACAGACUCUGCUCUCAGCAGUAGCUACAGCAGACAAAGUAAGUGCCUCACCCAGAACUACACUGGAUCUGCAUUGAACAAGAGCCAACUCGUACCAGGCUGGGAGUGACCAUGGUUGGAACACCUCAGGAGUCAGCCUCAGCACAAUGCAAACUUUGCCCUGUCCAUUAUAUUCCUUCUAGUUAACAAGGUUAGAGUUAUAGAAGAACCCUAUUUGGCAUAUGCUCAGUUUACAUUGAUCUAGGUGCCCGUGUUGAUCCAGUCAGCGGCACCUUUGAUGUUUCGAGAAACAUACCAUCUCUAAACUAGUAACCGCACUGAACUGGGGUGUGUUUUGACUGUCAAGUGCCAGAUGCCUGGUUCAACAGGUUACAUGGAAGUACAAUAUAAUGCAAACAAAUUAACUAAAAAUCUACUUCCUUUAUCAUGCACCUCGAGAUAGGGGUGGGUUGUCAACUUCCAGGAUGAACCGGGAGAUUCCAAUCUCUAUAAAACAUGAACAUCUCAGAAAAUAAAGCACAAAUCCAAGAUCACUUUUCAUUUUCUGCAAAUAACUUUUGUUCUCCAAUUGUUUAAAUAUAAUUACCUGUUUGGCUAUUAAAACUGUAGAAUGGU